GGCUGAAAGCAACAAAAUGGAGUCGUGGUCAGCUUUUCCGAAAGGAGGGCGGGGGAGGGCCUUAUAUGCGUUGCGGAAGUUAGUAUAACAAUGAUCCAAGGUUUUACCAGCCCUGGUUGCGCAAUCGAUAUGCUGAUAGAAUUUAGGGAGUUUUGUUUUCAGAUUAGCCUUGUUAAAAUCCCCAGCUACGAUGAAUGCAGCCUCAGGGUGUGUGGUUUCCAGUUUACAUCGAGUCAGAUAAAGUUCGUUCAGGGCCUUCGAUGUGUCUGCUUGGGGGGUAAUAUAUACGGCUGUGAUUAUAAUCGAAGAGAAUUCCUUUGGUAGAUAAUGCGGUCGACAUUUGAUUUUGAGGAAUUCUAAAUCAGGUGAACAGAAUGACUUGAGUUCCUGUAUGUUGUUAUGAUCACACCAGGUCUCGUUAAUCAUAAGGCAUACACCCCCGCCCAUCUUCUUACCAGAAAGAUGUUUGUUUCUGUCGGCGCGAUGCGUGAAGAAACCAGCUGGCUGCACCGACUCCGUUAGCGUUUCUCGAGUGAGCCAUGUUUCCGUGAAGCAAAGAACGUUACAGUCUCUGAUGUCUCUCUGGAAUGUUACCCUUGCUCGGAUUUCAUCAACCUUGUUGUCAAGAGACUGGACAUUGGCGAGUAGUAUGCUAGGGAGUAGAGCGCGAUGUGCCCGUCUCCGAAGCCUGACCAGAAGACCGCUUUGUUUGCCCCUUUUACGGCGUCGUUGUUUAGGGUCGCCGGCUGGGAUCAGAUCCAUUGUACUGGGUGGAAGGCAAAACACAGGAUCCGCUUCGGGAGAGUCAUAUUCCUGGUUGUAAUGAUGGUGUAGAUGUUCCUCUGAUCAUCAACAAGAGAGUGGGGGACUCCGUGGAGCUGCUGGCAGGCAUAGAGAAUGGACAUUUGAAAUCCUUGGUGUGGAAGUAUAUGGGAAAGGAAAUUGCAGAAUUCAACUCAGAAGUUGUAUAUUCACCUGGAUCCCAGUUUGAGGGGAGACUAAAGAUGAACACUAAAAACUUUAGUUUAACAGUCAGAGAGCUGACACUGCAAGACUCAGGGGAUUUUCUACUUACAGGCGAAGGGGAUAAAGGUCAGAUUGACAGUAAGACCAUCACUCUGAAGGUCCACGAGCCUAUAUCUAAGGUGGCGAUCCAGACAGACAUCAAGCUAUUGGCCAACCACUCCUGUACGAUACGGCUGGUGUGCAACGUGUCCUGCUACCACAACAUUACUUACACCUGGGAGAGAGACAAUGAGAUCUACGGGGAUGCGCAGCAGAUUUACUUCUCUCUCUCACCAGCCGAGAGAAACAUCAGUGUAAAGUGCAACGCCACCAACCUAGUCAGUUGGAAAACUGCCUCUGCAACAGUAAAGUGCAGUAAUGACACAACCACCCCAGAAUAUGUGACAGGACUGGCGUGGUAUACCAUCUACAUUGGAGUAACAGUGGGAGGUGCUGUGGUGCUGAUCCUCACUGUAGCUGUGGUAGUGUGCUACUGCAGGGGCCGAAAUAACACAGAAGAUCUAACUGACAACACAAUAUAUGCUGAUGUUAUGGACAACACAAGAAGUAGAGAUACAAGAUCAAACAGUCAGGUAAACCCAAUAUCCAUCUAUGAAACUGUCAGUGAUCUGGUUAUCCCAAGAUUGAACAAGCCGCAGACUCUGUAUGACAAGAUUACAUUUGGACGCCCAGAAGGCCCCCAGUCUCCCUACCAGGAAGUACUGUGAGCUGAACAGGAUGAGGUCAUAGGCUGGGCCUUCCAUAGAACCCUCUGCAUCCUCUGCAUCUUACACGUGUAUAUUCUGUAGAUAGGCCUAGAUGUUACUGUUUAAUUUCAUCACAACCUACACUAUUUGCUUUAUUUCCUUCUCCCUUUGAUGAUUCUCAUAUAUACGGUAUAUCAUAAUGCCUUAUAUCUUUCUUUGAAGGCCUAGUUACAGUUAGAAGAUUCGGAAAUGUGUAAUAAGCAGUAGAAGGCGUGGUGAUCAGACAAGCUCAUAUAAAAAAUUUAUAUUUUCAAGAUUAAAGAAAAUUGUUUUAGAUACUAGUAUGACAUUGAUUAGUUAGGUUGAUGUAGUCUUUUGCGUUAGGAUUAUGUGCUCGCCAGGCAUCAAUGAGGUUGUAAUCAGAGAGUAUAUGCUUUAGAGCCUUGGUUGCGUGUUGAUUGUAGAUGAUCUUAUUUGAUUUGUCCGCAUGUCCAAAAUCGCAUUCAUGUCUGUCCCAAUAAUCAGAUGGAAUUCCGUUCAUUCUAAAAAAAAUAUGCUGUUCAGAGAAUCAAAAAGAAUUCUACCCUAUUUGCAUGCCUUGAGUGCUUUGCAUUUAGAGUGAAUUGUAAUUAACACUCACGACUGUAUUUGUUAGCAGCAGAGGCAUGAUUGUUGUAUUGAAUGGUUUUCAGUACUGUAGCCUUCACCAAGUGAAUGUCUAAGUGGAUAUGUUAUCUUUAAAAUUAAACUCAUUAUGACAACACAUUACAUAUAUCAUAAAGCCCCUGAGGGCCUAGUUACACCCUAACACACUGGUCUGAAACUCCUGGUUUAGUCAAAUUAUGCCGGCUUGCAAAGGGAUGUGUCAUUUCUAUUGGAAUCCAGUCAAAGUUAGGAUAUCCAACUAUUUAACAUUUCAGUCACAUGCAACCUGCAUUCAGAAUGACUGUUGGGGUAGAGAAGAUUGAUUAUUGAGACUACCUAAAUCAUAUAAACUGGAACAGCCAUAACAGUAAUGUGUGAAAUAAGUCCAACUAGUAACAGAUUGGAUUAGUUUAGAAAAAUGUAUGUUAUCUAUGUUUGUGUAGCAUAAGAUUAAUCAACCAGUCAUAGUACAUGCAAAUACACAGGUAUUGAAACAAACCAUUCUGAAAAUCAACCUGUGAAGAGAUCAUGCUAGCAGCAUACAUAUUCUGUAGUUCACUUAUUGUCACGUUCCUGACCUAUUUCUGUUAGUUUGUUGUAUGUGUUAGUUGGUCAGGACGUGAGUUUGGGUGGGCAUUCUAUGUUGUCUGUUUCUAUGUUGGUUUAGGGUUGCCUGGUAUGGCUCUUAAUUAGAGGCAGGUGUUUGGCGUUCCUCUAAUUGAGAGUCAUAUUUAGGUAGGUUGUUUCACAGUGUUCGUUGUGGGUGGUUGUCUCCUGUGUCAGUGUUUGUCGCACCAUACGGGACUGUUCGGUUUGUUUUUUGUACAUCGUCAUUUUGUGUAGUCUAUUUUCCCUGUUCGUGCGUUCUUCGUGUUUAAUGUAAGUUCGUCUUCCAGGUCUGUCUACUCCGUUUGUUGUUUUGUUAGUUAUAGUGAAGUUCGUGUUUUUUCGUCUUUCUGUAAAUAAAUUAUGUAUUCACAACCCGCUGCACCUUGGUUCCAUCACUACUCCUCCUCUUCGGUUGAAGAGGAGGAGGACCACCGUUACACUUAUUAAUUUAUCUUUUACAUUCAAUCUAUCACUGUGAUCAGUACUUUCCUGGGUUAUUACUUUGAACAUUUGACAGACUGUAACUCAAGAACAUCUACAUGCAGUUGACCUCCAAAUAGCUACAACAUAAACCAAAUGAUAAACAUGCCAUGACGUCAAACCUUUGACACCUCUCUUAGUGACAUUAAAGAUUGUACUGAACAUGUCAACUUGACCAGGUAUGAUAAAUAUAAUAUUGACUUCACUUUUUGUACAACUAUGUUUAAUCCACUAAGUUUCUUCUCUGAUACAUACUAUAGUUCUCUCUUCCUCCCACAAAAAGACCACAGAUCUGAUGUGUCCAUUUACUUUUACAGUAAGAGGAAGUUGUGUAGAGAUGAACAUGACAUCAGAUGCUAUUUUUUCUGUUUCUCUUUUAGCAUCUGUACCUUUCUAAUUCUGUCAAAGCCCCAUUCGUGUCACAGCCACAGGAACUGUAGGGGUCCAGAAGACUUGCCAGAGACUUAGAAUGGAGUACACUUUAUGUGCAACUCUGCGAUGAUGAUGAUUAUUAUAUUUCUCUGGAUUUUGAAUAUUGUUAGCUAACUAUUUCCCUUAUUGGACAAGAAAAUGUUUCAUUCAUAGAAUAUAAAGUAUGUCAUAUAUGCACAAUAAAUGUGGCAACUGAUGAUGA